UCAUCUCCGCGCUCUUCACAAAUCACAACAGGCUCUCUCAUCUGAUUUCGCCUCCACAAAUCAAAUCACAAAUCACAAGUAGAAGAAGAGAAGAAGAAGACGAAAAAGGACUAUCAUAUUAUCUUGAUUGUUGAUCAUCGCCAGGAAAGAAUUUUCAUUGCUGUCUCAAACAAAGCAAAAAAAUGGAUAUGGAUUAUUGUCUGUCAUCGUCCAAGUCCUUCAAGCCCUCCGCUAUUCCAAAACCUUGUUAUGGAUCUGAUGAUGAGAACGAACAAAAAUAUUAUCAGCAAAUGGGUACAAAUUUUCAUAACCCAAAGAAACCAAUGGCAAAGAAUUACAGGUCGCCAACCAUAUCCGCAGCAUCCAAGGCAAUUAGUCCAAGAAAGAAGGUCUUAACUGAAAGGAAUGAGGGUCCGGACGAGAAGAUCGAUCAGACAGCCACUCUGUUGGUGAUGGUGAAUCCAGUUACUAGUGAUGAAUCUUUGUCUCAAACCACCAUCCCAAAUAAACCAAUGCCCAACAAGAAUUCCAAGUCAGUGUCUCCAACUCCAAGAAAGAAGAUCUUAUUAACUGAAGGUGAAGGGGAAUCUCUGUCUCAAACGAAAUUGUCAUCGCCCACCAUAUCCGCCGCAGCAUCCGAAGCAAUUACUCCGAGAAAGAAGAUUCUAACUGAAAGGAAUGAGGAUGUUCCGGAUGAGAAGACCCAUCAGACAGCCACUCUGGUGGACGUGAAUCCAGUUACUAUUACUGAUGAAUCAUCGUCUCAAACCACCCCAAACAAACCAAUGCCCAACAAGAAUUGCAUGUCAGUGUCUCCAACUCCAAGAAAGAACUUCUCAACUGAGGGGAAAACUCUGUCUCAAACGAAAUUGCCAUCGCCUCCAGUUUCAUCUAAGUUCAAUAUUAAUGAUGAGGAAAAUGUUCGUUUCCCUGAUUCUUCAUCUCAACGGCCAUAUGAUCCAUUAACGAAUUACCUUUCUCCGAGGCCUCAGUUCCGACGCUACAAGCCAAAUAGGCGCUCCAGGGUCCUGUUUGGCCGAGAAAAUGGAAUAAAAGAUGGGUCUUCUACUACGACUGCUAGCCAAAGUGGUUCUUUUGAUGACUCCCCGAGAAGCAUUGAUAAGGAAGCUGCCGCUGCCACUUCCAAUUGCACUUCCUUGGUUUCUUCCCCUUCUUCUUCUUCCUCUGGAGAAGGUUCUGUAAAGCAAGAAGAUGAAGAACUUGACGAAACCGAUGGGGAAAUGUUGGAAAAUGACAGCGACGACGAAGACGAAAGUGGUGACCAAGAGGAAGAGAGCAGCUGCAAUUCAAAAGGGGCACUGAAAACUUUGCUUUUGAUUGUGGUUUUAGUACUUUUUGCCUCAUGCAUAUCUUCCAUGCACCCGUUAACACCUGUUUGUGACUUGGAAUUUCCUAUGGGUAUUAAGGAUGGCUACUACAAUUUUCAGAAUAAUACAUUUGAUGAUGCUUCUUUAGUGAAGAAAUUUGAAACUGGAAAGUUUCUUUUGGACCAUCAAAAAGAAGAAAAAGAAUUGGGUUUUAUGGAAGUAACCAAAAGAGCUAUUGAAAAGGGGAUGGAGGAAGGAAAUAUUAUUGAAGCUGUUUUGGUGAAGAAGCAUGAGAAUAUAGUAGCUGACUUUAUGUAUCAACUGGUGGAAACAGAAACGGUUUUAAUUGAAGGAGAAGGGAUAGCUAUUGGUGAUGGGGUGGAGGAAGAAGGGAGGGUUGAAGAUAGAAACUUUGGAGUUACUGAAGUGGAAAAUUUUGAAAUUGGAGAAACAGAAGGUGGGGAAGUGGCCGAAGGUGAGAAGAUACCCAUAGUUAAUGAGUCGAGUGAAGUGGAAGAACAACAAAAUCAGGGAACUGAUGAGGUUGUACCAUAUCAGAUGGUUGAAAAUUUAGUACAUCAAGGUACUGCAGAGAAAAUUGAAUCUUCUGACGACUACCUGAUAUCAUCCUUGUCUGAACGGCAUCAUAUAGCAUCGGAUAUUAUAUAUGCUUUUCUACAAGAUGAGGUUCUACCAGAUUCAGUUGAAGUUUACAGUGAUGAAGCAGGAGAGGAGGAAAUGGUGGAGAGCAGAAUGGAAAGUGUAGGAAACUUCACCAACUUGGCAGAUGAAGAUGUCUCAGAGAGGAUGGAUACUGAUACUACUACAGGCUUUGAUAAGAUUAUUAAUCUUGUCAACGUGGAUAAUUUGAGGAAGGAGCUUAUCAAGCUCACGGGAACAGAAAGUCUUUUCAAAGUUUUUACAUGGGUUAUGAUGUUCUCUGUGAUUGUUGCAUCUUUGGUUUUGGGGUUCCACUUGAAGCAUAAAGAUAAUAGCAUAAAAAAGGAUUCUUUUGUGGAAGAAAAGCCUUCUUGUGAAUCUGUAGUAGUAGAACCAAAGAAGAAAUUCAAUGGAAAAGAUUCUUCUCUGACCUCGUAUCCUUAUUCUGAAUCUGUGCUAGUAGAGAAAUGCACAUCAGUGCUUCCUAGUAGGGGAGAUAAACAACUUGAUCAGCAACUUUCCUCUUUCAGAAACAACCUUUCGGCUUCAAUUCAUUUCUCGGAGGAAGCUUCUGAAGAAUAUUACCAGAGCCGGGCACCAACAGUUCAAUUUCUAAGCGAGAUUGAGGUUGAAGAGGUUAGCAGCUCUCUAAGAAGCUCUGUCAUGAAAAACAAGAAAACAGAAAGUGAAGAAAACAAUCAUUCUGUUUCUUUAGAAAGUAAAAAAAUGUCGAGGAGACUUGGUGAUUCGGUUUCUGUUCAAGCUCAGCCAACUAAGUCGGAGUUUUCUACCAUGGAUUCCUCUUCAUAUGGAAGCUAUACUACUGAACAGAAGAUUAUGAGGAAAGAGGGCGGCAAAGACGAAGACAUGAAAGUAAUCACAACUCCAUUGAGGCGAUCAAGCAGAUUACGCAACCGUGCAGUCACAUCUCCAUAAAUCAUCAAUACAAAACAGUGGUGUCUGAUUAUCUCAGCCUUCUUCGUCUGAAGAUCGUUUAUGGAGGUUCUCUGGUAACCCUUGACUGUAGAAAUGGGUAGUGUUUUAAAUAUGUAGGAACUGAUAUUUCUAUUUUUAGUUUUGUAUUUCAAUUAAAUGGAGAGAAUAUGAUUGGCUGAUCAUCCUCUCUAGAGACAAGAAUUAAAAAAAUGUCAUAUUCAUGUACGUUUCUUAUCCCUUUCUUUUCCUUUAUGCUUUUAUGAGUUA